AUGCAUGCUUCAUAUUUCCUGGACACCGUUGGCUCCGGCUCGAGAUAUUUUUUCAAUCCUUCGCCCAACAAGAGCCUCCUGGCAUCUCCCGGCGCAGGACGCCAGAAGAGAAUGAUUACAGGAGGUCCUCGGAAUCAGUCCUCUGUGCCAGUUCCUGAAGAGGGGUACAUCCCCCUGAAGAGCAUGGCCAUGACGAUUCCUCUUCCUGCGGGCCUUCUCAAGUUCGAGCCUGGUGCAGUAAUUCCGAGCUUCCGGGCCUCAGCAGAAGGGGAGUCACCGGCCACAGCCAGCACAAACACAUCCUCCCCUUUGCCAGACGUUCCACUGCACAGGAAGUCCUUCUUCACUGCCAGUGCUACAGAAAAGCUUCAGCUUCAUAAAGCCGGGCAGUGCUAUCCGUGCGUGGCCUUCGCUUUCAAAGCGGCUGGGUGCUAUAAGGGCGACAGCUGUUCACACUGCCAUUUCUGUACUGCCUCCGAAGCGACCCAACGAAGAAGGCAGCUGCAGGCAGCGGCGCGGCAGCAGAGGAGGAAGCAGCGACCGGCAGACCCAGGGAACGAAACGACAGCCCGCAUUCUUGCGGGCGAGUCCUUCUGGCUUUGA